AUGACAAGCGUCGACUACGUGUUCAAGACCGUCAAUUAUGGGGCCCAGUCGGUGGACUUGACAGCCACGGUGCAUUUACCCAAAGACACAACCUCUGUAAAGGCAAUUGCACUAUACUUCCAUGGAGGUGGCUACAUUGUGGGUAGCCGCGCAAUGUUACCAGCUACACAUAUCGAAGCUUUGAACGAGAAUGGUUUCAUCGCUGUAUCUUCAGACUAUCGACUCUGUCCUACCAUAUCCGUUCUGGAUGGUCCAGUCAGCGACUCAGUAGCUGCAUACGAAUGGACGCAGAACGAGCUUCCUCAACUCCUGGAAAAAGAACAUGGUAUCCGGGUAGAUGGCAAGAACAUCGUCACCCUCGGUCACUCUUGCGGCGGAGGUCUUGCGUUGUUGAUGGCAUCUCGCCCCAAUCCACCCAAGGCCAUCCUCGACCUCUUCGGCUUCAAAUACCUCCGUGAUCCCUUCUACCACACCAGUACAAGCACCCAACCCCAACCCGGUGCACCAGCUCCACCAUCCGAUGAAUUCAUCAACCAAGUCUUCACCGAAAUCCCCCCACCAACCGCAGCACGACCUCCAUUCGGACCGAAUGGUCUCGAUCUAAGCACACCGCGUGGGGCAUAUCUCGUUACUUCUGUCAGGAAGGGGACCCAAUUCGACGCGAUCAUUGCAGAGCAUGAGUAUGACCUUGUGGAUCCGGAGAAAUUGUUGAAGAUUUCUGGUUUCCCGCCAACAUGUUUCGUACAGGGAACAGUGGAUGUGGUUGUUGAUGCGAAGUUUUCGCAGUGGGCUUAUGCCGAGUUACAGAAGAAUGGGGUGCAGAGUGAAUUGUACCUUGUUGAGGGGAUGGCUCAUGGGUUUGAUGCUAAGUUGAAGCGUGAUGAUGCUGCCUUUGCGUCUAUUCAGAAAGGCGUGGAGUUUAUUGCGCGACAUGUUGUUGGUUAA